AUGCCGCUGUCUCUGGCAUUGCAUUUCUUGAUUCAAGGUGGUGCUUCUCGGAGCGUACGCACCGGUAGUAGGAUCAAUCUACCAGGACCUCGAAGGACGCUGGCUGAGUGUAUGGAGGAGAAACGGAGGCCAUGUUGGGCAAGAUUCCGCGACCAACUGUGCAGCUGUGUACCGGUAGGUACACGGCGAGCGAAGGUUAAACCUCCGGCCUCGAGUGAUAGUAUCGAAGUCGUAAGGCUGUUGCGAGUUGCUUGUACCGGUACAAGGAGCGAUCCUGGAAAAGGAAAAACACAAAACGCUGAAGCAAGGCUAUAG